UCUGCCCAAUGCCCAGUGCCCAGUAGUGAGUGUCAACCCACCAGUCAUAGCGCACAGCAUCUUUACAGGGACCCCUUCGUAAUAACUCAAGCUCUCUAUGUAGAAAAUUGCCAGUGCCAGUUCCUCUUCUAGUUAAUUUUUUUUCAUGUGUUCGUUUCUUUAAUUCUAAAUCUGUAGGAUGGCUACAGCAGUCGCAGAUCUCGGCGGUGUUUUCGAGCUCGAGCAGAAGGCAGACACCAUUGAUGACAAAGACGGAGAGGUGAAUGAUGAUGGAUGUUCAGAGGCUACUACAAAGAGAAGGAGGAAACGGAACAGGAAAAAAGGCACUGGAGAGCUGAACAAAAUCUCUCAAGAGCCUAUUGACGAACAAAAAGCAAGAGAAAAGCUCUCAGAGUGUAAAAUUAAUGGAACUGACAAAAAGUCUGAGGCAUUGAAAGGAGUGCCUAAAAAGAAAAGCGAGAAGAAAUCUAAAGAAGACAAAGGAGAUGGAAAGCAAACCAGCCCUCCAUCCGUUCCUAUUGCCAAACUGUUUCCUCAAGGAAACUUUCCAGUCGGCCAGGAGAUGGAAUACCCACAGUGUCAAAAUGAUCAAACCGCGAAAGAUAGAUUUUCCAGUGAAGAAAAACGUGCACUAGAUAAAUUGCAUAAUGACAUGUAUAAUCAAGCAAGACAUGCUGCUGAAGCUCAUCGACAGGUCCGUCGCCAUAUUCAAAACUGGGUCAAACCAGGAAUGACCAUGAUUGAAAUCUGUGAAGAGUUAGAGAAAUGCUCUCGAUCACUGAUAGGUGGCGAUGAACUCAACUCUGGAAUGGCAUUUCCGACAGGAUGCUCUCGGAAUAACUGUGCUGCUCACUAUACCCCAAAUGCUGGUGAUCCAACCGUUCUUUUAGCAGAUGAUGUCACCAAAAUUGACUUUGGAACCCAUAUCAGUGGUCGAAUCAUUGAUUGUGCAUGGACUUUGACUUUUAAUCCGAAGUAUGAUAAACUUGUCGAAGCCGUACGGGAAGCUACAAACACUGGUAUAAAGGAAGCUGGCAUUGACGUCAGGCUAGGUGAUGUUGGAGCAGCAAUCCAAGAGGUCAUGGAAUCGUAUGAGGUUGAAAUUGAUGGGAAGACGUAUCAAGUUAAAUCAAUUCGUAACUUGAACGGCCACUCUAUAGAUGCUUAUCGCAUUCAUGCUGGAAAGACUGUCCCUAUCGUUAAAGGAGGUGAACAAACUGUGAUGGAAGAGAAUGAGUUCUAUGCAAUCGAGACUUUUGGGUCAACUGGGAGAGGGCACGUUCAUGAUGACAUGGAUGUAUCUCAUUACAUGAAAAAUUUUGAUGCACCUAGUUUUGUUCCGUUGAGGCUACAAUCGUCGAAAUCUCUCCUGAACACCAUCAAUAAGACUUUUGGAACUCUGGCUUUUUGCAAGCGGUGGCUUGAUCGAACAGGAUGCACCAAGUACCAGAUGGCUCUGAGGGAUCUUUGUGAAAAAGACAUUGUAGAGCCCUACCCACCUCUUUGUGAUAUUAAAGGUUGUUACACUGCUCAGUUCGAGCACACUAUUGUUCUGAGACCCACUGUCAAGGAAGUUAUCAGCCGUGGAGAAGAUUAUUAAAUUGUACCAAUCCCUGUAUUUUUCCAGUACACUCAAGUAUUCUUUCUCUCCAACCAUAA